AUAUUUUAUCCAACACAUCACCGGAACCAAAUAUCUCAUAAGGGCCUCCUUAGAUUUCUUUUUGUGUAAGAGAGUUUUCAAGGGGGACAACUCAUCCUCUAUAUAAGUAAAGCGAUCUCUAGAACUUUCUCUUUCCACGACAGCUCCAUUGCAAGGUAGACAUCAAAAAUUAUUUACAUUUCUUAAAUUGUACGUUUAAUAUUCAUUUAAUUUAUAAAACAAAACUAUUAACAUUUUAAAAAUACUUAUAAUCUACUAGUGACAAUUUCUGCUUUAUUUUAAUCCGAAGCACAUGGCGACCACAUUUUCAAACAGCGCCAUGUUGAUUUAAAAUUUUAUUUUAUUUUUUUUUAACAAUCGUUUUUACUAAAACAAUUAGGAAAUUUGACUAAUUUAUGAGACGAAAAACGUAUAAUUUAGUUUCUCAGAUUAUUUAGAUCUAAUCUUGUCAUUCUUGGCGAAGAAGACGUCGACUUUGCGUUGAGUGGGUGACCACGUGGUAUUCCAUUAUUUAAUUCUAGACGAUAUUUUGGACCUUUUAAAUCUUCCUCCCAGUCCCACAAUAAGAUAUUAAAGACAACGUAAGAUAAAUAUUGGUAUUUCAGCUUGAUAUAAGUUUAAUCAAUCGAGUGACUUUACAAUAACAUAAAGCGAAGAUGACGUAAUGUCUGUGGAAUGUGUAGUUCACACGCACUGAUUGACCUGAUGAGGUAGAUACAUUUAGGUCAAACCAGACAGUGAAACAAUUGUUCGGUGAAUCGGUCUCAACAAAAGAUAUUUCGGUCAUUUUUAAUAUAUAUCUUGACCAUUAUUUUUCUUUUCUUUUUCUGAUUAGUCCCAGAGUACACUUUAUUUACUUUUCAUAAUGAAUUUAAUGAUUAAUAUUAAUCUAUAUAAAUAGAUCUAAUUAUAUCUUAAACUAGCUUAAUUUUACUGACAUUUAUGUUUUCUUUUUCAUAUUGAACUAUGCCAAAAUCACGCACAAAAACAGCGAAAUCCACCGGGACCUCACGCCGACGGGUCGCAGACGGAAAUACUGAUCCCCCACAACCUGCAACACUAUCUGGAAGGCGGACUGGCUAUGGUAGAAAACGGUCUCAAACUGUCAGUAACAGCGGGAACCAGCUACCGUCUAACCUUAUGGCUAAUGAUCAACAUCCAGGAACCCAGAUUCUUCCACAAGGGAUUCAGCUCCCACAACCUCCUCUUAACCAAGGGAACCAGGUGCAAUCACCAUUUCAGACAGAAAACGGUCCUCAACCUCAAGGUAAUCAGCUGCCACCCCAGCUUCCUCUGGAUAACAAUCUGCAAGAUAUCCAUCAGAGGGCGUGGUCAUCUGCAGACACAAUUCAGCAGCAGCAGCAGCAGUCAGCCACAGACUCCCAACCGAACUUCACGGUUUGGAUUGUGGGAUCCUCUCUAAUUAAAGGUGCAUAUCUCACCGCAUGCCAAAGGAUCAAUGGCGAACAGUUGGGACUCCAGUCUAUUAGCGGUAAUGUUUUGUGGGAGUUUUUAGGGGGAAUGAAAGUUUCUGACCUAAGUGAUACCAUAACAUAUCUUCUUAAUUUUAACCGUCCACCAAAAUUUUUAAUUAUUCAUUGUGGCGGCAAUGACAUUGGUCAACGUCCUAUGGUCGAAAUUACAUGGGCUAUUAAAGACUUCAUUACUAAAACAGUAUUGGUUAAAAUGCCAGAAACAAAAAUAAUUUGGUCUCAAAUUUUACCGAGGAGAUCUUGGAGAUAUAUUUCUGAUAAUGUUAUAGCCAAUAAAAUACGUUCUAGAAUCAACAGUUGUAUUAGUACAUUUUUUAUUAAACAAGGAGGAUUUUACAUUAAAUAUCCAGACAUUGAUGAAAGUCAAAGAUUCUUCGCACAAGACGAUACACAGCUGUCAAACCUUGGCUAUAGUUUAAUGCUAAACAACAUAACAGGGGCAAUUAGAACUUUUAAUUCUGUUGUUGUCUGAAGGGUUUUUCUUUUAUGCUAGCCCGCUUUGGCGGAAGCCCACUUCUCCCAGUUUCUUACACUGUGAUCGUGGCCUUAUGGCAUUUUCUAGCAUAAAAUACUUUUUUGCAUCCGUUGCCGGGGCAAAUCAUUAGUAUAUAAAUUUCCAAUAAUUUUUCAGCCAUGGUCACUUUCAUGCCAAUAUUUUUUAAAAUAAAUGAGUCUAAAAUUACAGUUUGUUAGUUUUAAUACUUUUCGGUUUUGUUGUUGGAUAAUACUCUAUUUAUUCGUUUAAGGAUAAAUAUUUUAUCCAACACAUCACCGGAACCAAAUAUCUCAUAAGGGCCUCCUUAGAUUUCUUUUUGUGUAAGAGAGUUUUCAAGGGGGACAACUCAUCCUCUAUAUAAGUAAAGCGAUCUCUAGAACUUUCUCUUUCCACGACAGCUCCAUUGCAAGGUAGACAUCAAAAAUUAUUUACAUUUCUUAAAUUGUACGUUUAAUAUUCAUUUAAUUUAUAAAACAAAACCCCACCACUUCCCCGACCCUUUUUCUUUCCUGUGUUUUCUGCUUUCAGUUUUACCUUUCCGUUAUGGCUGAAACAGAUGGUCAAAUUACACAUCAUCGUCUGAACUGUUCCAAAAUAUGAACAAGACAAAAGACCUUUUACAGCGCCCGUUGUCGGAGCUAAACCAAAUUUGGACACUUACGAAUAUCAGCGACCUUGCCGGAGAUACACCAACUUAAAUUUGGACACUACUGAAUGUCAGCGACCGUUGCCGGAGCUGACCCAUAUUUGGAUGCUUCACAUUAUCAGCGACCGUUGCCGGAGCUGAAUAAUUGUAUAUUUUAUAUUUCCAUUUCUAACAAAAUAUGACUUUUAUACACAGUUUAGUUUCUUAGUUAAAACUGACCAUCUUUAAGGCAUUUUCUAGCAUAAAAUACUUUUUUGCAUCCGUUGCCGGGGCAAAUCAUUAGUAUAUAAAUUUCCAAUAAUUUUUCAGCCAUGGUCACUUUCAUGCCAAUAUUUUUUAAAAUAAAUGAGUCUAAAAUUA